AAAUAUUUAUAUUUAAAAGAAAUCUUUAACAAGAAUAUGUUUAAAUACAAAAAAAUCAAAACUAUUUUUUUAUUAUUGGUCACCCUAUAUACUUAAGUGUUUGUGUGUUCAGUUUUUUUCUUAUCAUCACAACAUUUGAUUAAUUAUCUCCAGCUACUAGAUACAAUAAAAGUAUUUGUGUAAAACAUCAUUUUAAUUGUUUGUUAUGCAGAUUUCUUAGUUAUAUAUCUCUCAAAUAAAAUUUAUAUUCAAACAGUGGCUUUGUUUCUACUCAACAAUAAUUUAUAUAUAAAAAAAUAAAUAAAUAAAAAGUGUUUGUAAACGUAAUAAAAAAUAUUUGUAUAAAAUUAUUAAGUGAUUAAUUGUUUAAUGGAAAUUUUGUCAUAUUUCUCACUAUAUCUUCUAAUAAAUCAACUAAAGCUAAGGAAAUUAUCCAAUAGAAUAUUUGCAUACAAAAUUAAAUUUAACAAACAAUACUAGACUAAUUAAUCGGAAAGCCUUUAAAUUUCUAUGAAUUCUUCAAUAUUGGUCAAACUCCGAUCAACAUUCAUCUUCAGCUGAUAUAUCUCUUAUGCAUCAGGAUUUAGCUUCGCCCAACUCUGUGUCGGCCAAUUAUCAACUAGCUCUGGGCCAAAGACAUUCGUCGGUGGGUAAUUUGGAACAUCAACAGGAUUUCUCCUCGUACACUGCUAAAAUGUAUCAUUCCUCAGCCGGUUAUCCUGAUUUAAGCGGCAGCACCAGUGGCUCUGGGGUCAGUUCGUAUCAUCAGCAGGCUGCCGCAGCAGCUGCUACCGUCAGUGCUCCCGUCUAUGUUCCCUCAAAUAGAGCCCUAACCAAUAGUCAAUAUCAACAUGUUGCUGCUCAUUUUGGUACUGCUGCUGCUCAGAAUGCCUGGACAUCGGAUAGUUUUGGUACUGCUCAUGCCCAAUUACCUCCACAAUUCUAUACACAGAAUGCUGUUAUGAUGGGUUCGUGGAGAGCGGCCUAUGAUCCCACCGGUUUUCAACGUUCUUCACCCUAUGAUAGUGCUAUAGAUUUUCAAUUUGGUGAGGGUAGAGAAUGUGUAAAUUGUGGUGCCAUUAGCACCCCACUAUGGAGGCGAGACGGUACCGGUCAUUAUUUGUGUAACGCUUGCGGAUUGUAUCAUAAAAUGAAUGGCAUGAAUAGGCCGUUGAUCAAGCCAAGCAAGCGAUUGGUGAGUGCAACCGCCACUCGUCGCUUAGGUUUAUGCUGCACCAAUUGCGGUACACGUACCACAACACUAUGGAGACGUAACAAUGAAGGAGAACCUGUAUGUAAUGCCUGCGGCUUAUAUUUCAAAUUGCACGGUGUUAAUAGACCCUUAGCCAUGCGUAAAGAUGGCAUACAGACAAGAAAAAGGAAACCCAAAAAAUCGGGCAGUACUACCGAAAAUGGCAAAGAGAUCAAAGAUGACGAUCUUAAACCUUCUUUAGGCUUAGAACGACAUAGUCUUCCCGGUUCAUUAGCUUCAAAACUACAAAAUGAUUUAGCUGUCAAAUCGGCUAGCUCAUCAUCGGCCUUGCAUAAUUUAAGCCUGGGUUCUGCUACAUCUGCCUUACAUAGUUCUUUAAGCCAUCAUAUGCAUUUGCCACAUACUUCUGCCCAACAGACGAGGUUAUUAAAUAACGUGAGCUCACACACCACCUCCGCCCACAUAGGUUCCUCUACCAAUACCUCCACAACAAAUGGCAAUACAUCACACAGUAAUAACUUGUAUUCACCUUCAGCUCUAGCCGCCCAAAGUAAUUUGAGUCAUUCACAGUUGUCGGGUUCAGCUUUUGGUACACAAAAAUAUGAACAUCUAUUGGGCUCCAGUAAUGCUCUAUCAAAUGGUUUAUCACCUUCCAGUUCAGCCGGCUCCAAUUAUCAUGCCCAUCAUUUACAUCACCAUCAUCAUGCAGCAGCUGCCGCUCAUCAUGCUGCCUCGGCAGCUCAUCACCAUCAUCAUCAUCACUCACCUUCGUUGUCGCAACAUGUACCCACCUCAGCGAGUAGUGGUGGCAGUUUAGGUGGUUAUAGUGUUAAAUCCGAAACAAAUGCCACCAACUAUGAUUAUGUUAAUAAUUGCUACUUCGGUUCUUCGUUUGGAGCCUUAGGUGGUUCUACCGGUUCUUCAUCGGGCAUGCAUGGUGCUACUGCUUCGGAUAUGGCCGGUGUAUAUCAUCAUCAGCACAAUGUUAUACAGGCAGCCAAACUAAUGGCCACCUCUUAAAACUUCAUAACCUUAACAGUAUUACAGAGAUUACAGUGAUAGAGUUUACAGGAUCUCUUAUAUCUAAAAGUGUAUUAUUGAAAAUCAAUUGUGAGAGUUUCGGGAAAAAAGAGAAAUCUAAUCACCUUAAAUACCCUUCAUAAUCGUCUCUUUUUAUAUAAUUUUACACACACACACAUACAAAAAAAGACUUAAAUUUAAAUUAUUUUAACAACAAAAAGAACUAUAAAAAAAUUAA